AUGCAAUUAUUCAGUGUCUGGUGGAAGUUGCAGCUGCAUGAGCUGACUAAACUUCCUGCUUUUGUGCGGGUGGUAUCAGCAGCAAAUCUUCUAAGCCACCUUGGUCAUUCUAUUCUGGGCAUGAAUACAGUUCAGCUAUACAUGAAAGUUCCAGGGAGUCGAACACCAGGUCACCAAGAAAAUAACAACUUCUGUUCUGUUAACAUAAACAUUGGUCCAGGUGAUUGUGAAUGGUUUGUCGUUCCUGAAGAUUAUUGGGGUGUUCUGAAUGACUUCUGUGAAAAAAAUAAUUUGAAUUUCCUAAUGAGUUCUUGGUGGCCCAACCUUGAAGAUCUUUAUGAAGCAAAUGUUCCUGUAUACAGGUUUAUUCAAAGACCUGGUGAUUUGGUCUGGAUAAAUGCAGGCACUGUGCAUUGGGUUCAGGCCAUUGGCUGGUGUAACAAUAUUGCUUGGAAUGUUGGUCCACUUACAGCCUGCCAGUAUAAAUUGGCAGUAGAACGGUAUGAAUGGAACAAAUUGCAAAGUGUGAAGUCAGUAGUACCCAUGGUUCAUCUUUCUUGGAAUAUGGCUCGAAAUAUCAAAGUCUCAAAUCCAAAGCUUUUUGAAAUGAUUAAGUAUUGUCUUCUUAAAGUACUAAAGCAAUGUCAGACAUUGAGGGAAGCUCUUAUUACAGCAGGAAAAGAGGUUAUAUGGCAUGGGAGGACAAAUGAUGAGCCAGCCCAUUACUGUAGCAUUUGUGAGGUGGAAGUUUUUGAUCUGCUUUUUGUUACUAAUGAAAGCAAUUCUCAAAAGACCUACAUAGUACAUUGCCAGGACUGUGCACGAAAAACAAGCAGAAACCUGGACAAUUUUGUGGUGCUAGAACAGUACAAAAUGGAGGACCUAAUGCAAGUCUAUGACCAGUUUACAUUAGUUCCUUCAGUAUCAUCCUCCACUUCUUGAUAUUGCCCCAUGAUAUUAAAUGAUGCCUUUUCUGCUCUUCAGGAGAGUUUGCACCAGUGAUGUUUCAUGAGACUGCUAACUAAAAGCUAUUUCUAUGCAACCUUCCAAAUAUAGAGUGUCAAUCAACUUGGCAUGAGAGCACUACCUGUACUCUCAGCAGAUCCAGUUGUACUUAAUAAUAAACAUGUUUCAUGGUAUCUGACAAAACUGGCAAUUUUCAACACCCUAAUACUUGACACCUUUUUUUGUUUCUCUAUUUCUGGAUUAAGAAAUUUAUUUUUAUGUAUAUUUUACCCUUUUAAGAAUUCUUCUGCGGGGCAAAAACAGUUCUAGGUUGUCAUUUGUUUGGUUAAGAUACCAAAUUUAUAUCUUUGAUCAACUUUUUAUUAAUGUAAAAAAUUAGAUGAGAAUGUUUCUCUACUGCUUUAGUGUAUUGAUUGGAGGCCAGUCACCAGGAUGAUUAUACUUUUGGCUCCAAAUUAUUUUUUUUUAAUUUAAUAGCAUAAUAGGACACAAAGAUAACGGCUUGCACAUAGAAUAAGAAAUAAACUUCAGAUUUUUGAUUUUUCUUUUUAAUUUCAU